AUGUAUUCGAGUGGUUCUGCCGUUUUCCGUGGAGGAAGUGAUGUGACGCAAGCUGCGAUGGCACGUAUUAGAGCUCACGAAGAAGCACUCGCCGGCAUCACUCCCGCCGAGGAUGACAGCGAUCACGAUGAGGCAUAUAGAGACGACCCACCGAACGAGGAUGUCUAUGAAGUAUCCACCGACAACCCUCCGCACGAGGAUGACGAUGAAGACGAUGAAGACGAACACAAAGCUAUCUUUAUCCGUGACAUCCCUAGCGAAGAACUCGCCAUGUAUAAUGAGUCACGACCAGAAACCUACGAUGGAUGGUCCGCCGGUAUCGCUCGCCGUGAGGAUGACGAUGAACUACACAUCCACAUCUAUCGCCAUGAGAAUAUCGAUGACGAGGAUGACGAUGAACCACACAUCAACAUCUAUCGCCAUGAGUAUAUCGAUGACGACGAUGACAAUGAAUUCGAAGCACAACUCAGAUUUCGAAGAGGAAUAUGA